AUGCCUUUGAUACAGAGCUCACAAGAUUACCUCCCUUACAUUGACCCGGCACCGUCAGAGAACGAGCUGCAGUCAGCACGCGCUCUCAUCCAAGCCGAACUGCCAGAAGACCACAAGACGACCCUUCAUCCUUCAAUACCAGAACGUACACCCAUCAAGUUCAGCGAACUGGUCGAAUCCGAGCACGAAAGGCUAUCCUCGGGCGCAAAGAAAGAGGCUGGUAUUGAUAUGUCGCGCUACGAGGCCCAGGAUGCGCCUGCGACAAACGACAUGGAACAAUGGCGCGCAACUCUACAACAAGCAUACGCUUCUUCGGAGUAUCUGGAAUCGCGUCAAGUCAACCUAUCGCUCCUAGAGACAUACGGCAAGAACGCCUGGUUGAUCUCGAACGACCAACUUGAAGCCAUUCUACGCGACGCCGAGCGCGAAGUCUCGCAGAGGAAGAUUGAGCUUGAAGACAUUGACAGGAGUAGAAGAGAUGGCCAAAAUGCUCGCAAGGGCGAGCUGGAAGCGCUGGAGCAGCAGUGGAAGAUUGGCGUUGGCCAGAUGAUUGAGGUUGAGGUUGCCGCUGAGAGACUGCGCCUGGAAAUCCUGGACAAGAAAAGAGCUGGCGCAAAAUGA